ACUCUUUCAUCUUCCUGAAAAAUGAAGAAAAUUAUUGCAUACUUAGUAUUGCUGGCUGAACUUUUCUCUGCUGCAGCUAAAGAAAGACACCUUCCAAGGACACUUUUUAGUCAACAGAAUGAUGCUGCUUCCUUUGAAAAAGUUUGCAAUAAGAAACAACUGGAUCUUGUGUUCAUCAUUGACAGCUCUCGUAGUGUUCGCCCUUAUGACUUCGAGAAAGUAAAAGAAUUCAUCUUAAACAUCCUGCAGUUUUUGGACAUUGGUCCAGAUGCCACUAGAGUGGGACUCAUCCAGUAUGCCAGCACUGUCAAAAAUGAAUUUUCCCUGAAGACCUUUAGGAGGAAACAAGAUGUGGAGAGAGCCGUGAGAAGAAUGAUGUACCUUGCUACUGGUACUAUGACAGGAUUAGCUAUUCAGUAUGCAAUGAACAUUGCAUUUUCAGAAUUUGAAGGAGCUCGACCACUCUCUCAGAAUGUACCCAGAGUAAUCAUGAUAGUGACAGAUGGGAGACCACAGGACCCUGUUGCAGAAGUUGCAGCAAAAGCUCGGAAUUCAGGAAUCCUGAUUUUUGCUAUUGGUGUGGGAAAAGUGGAUAUGAAUACGCUCAAGUCCAUUGGUAGCGAACCUUAUGAAAACCAUGUAUUUCUGGUUGCAAAUUUUAGCCAAAUAGAAACACUGACAUCUGUAUUUCAGACAAAACUUUGUGUCCAACACAUGUGCAGUGUGAUUGAACAUGGUUGUGACCACUUCUGCAUCAACACUCCUGGCUCUUAUAUAUGCAAAUGUAAACAGGGAUAUAUUCUGAACUCAGACCAGAGGACUUGCAAUACCCAGGAUCUAUGUGAGGUCAAAAAGCAUGAGUGUGAGCAGAUAUGUGUGAAUACACCUGGAUCCUAUGUCUGCCAAUGUUAUGAUGGCUAUGAACUCAAAGAAGAUGGGAAGCAAUGUUACAUUGUGGAUUACUGUACUUUGAAUAACCAAGGCUGUCAACAUGAGUGUGUUAAUACUGAAGAUUCCUAUUACUGUCAGUGCCACAAAGGGUUCAUUCUCAAUCCAGAUAAAAAAACCUGCAGAAGACCAGACUACUGUGCUUUGCAAAAUCAUGGCUGUCAGCAGGAGUGUGUCAAUACAGAUGAAUCCUAUUUCUGCCGGUGCCAGCAAGGAUUUACUCUUAAUCCAGAUAAGAGAACUUGCAAAAGAAUAAAUGUCUGUGCUUUGAGAAAACAUGGCUGUGAACAUGAAUGUGUUAAUACCAAAGACUCUUAUGUGUGCAGAUGUCAAACUGGAUACGCCCUGAACAGUGACCGCAAAACAUGCAGAAGAAUAGACCACUGUGCUGAGUCCAACCACGGGUGUGAGCAACUAUGCCUGAAUACCAGGGAGUCUUUCAUUUGUCAGUGUUCUGAAGGAUUCAUAAUUAAUGAAGAUCUGAAGACAUGUUCACGAGUGGACUAUUGUUUGCUGAGUGACCAUGGCUGUGAACAUUUGUGUGUGAAUAGUGAAAAAUCCUACAUCUGCCAGUGCUUUGAAGGAUACGUGCUGCACAGUGAUGGGAAAAGCUGUAAACGUAGAGAUGUCUGUAAAUCAGUGAACCAUGGAUGUGAGCACCUUUGUGUCAGUGAUGGCCAUUCCUAUAUCUGCGAGUGCCCUGAGGGAUUCAUACUGAGGGAAGAUGGGAAAACCUGCAGAAGUAAGCAAGAAUUCCUUAAAUGGCCUGUUGAUUCUAAAGGCUGUGGUUUCAGAGACUGGGAGUGUCUUUCUUUGCAUUAGUUUUAUUAUAGCAAAGCGUAUGAAUUAAUUAAAAUAUCCUCAGAUAAAGACCUCUGCAAAUCAGUUGAUCAUGGCUGUGAGCACUUGUGCAUCAACAGUGAUUACUCCUAUAUCUGCAAGUGCCAUGAGGGAUUUAUAUUAAGGGAUGAUGGGAAGACCUGCAGAAAUCAAGAUAUCUGCAAUUCCAUUGAGCAUGGAUGUGAACAUAUCUGUGUUAAUAAUGAUGAUUCAUACACUUGCAAAUGCCAUGGAGGAUUUAUAUUAAGGGAUGAUGGGAAGACCUGCAGAAAUCAAGAUGUCUGCAAGUUCAUUGACCAUGGAUGUGAACAUGUCUGUGUUAAUCAUGAUGAUUCAUAUACCUGCCAAUGCCAUGAGGGAUUUAUAUUAAUGGAAGAUGGGAAAACAUGUAGAAGUAAAGACCCUUGCAAGUCUGUCAUGCAUGGCUGUGAACAUAUUUGCAUGAAUAACAAUAAUUCAUACAUCUGCAAAUGCCAUGAGGGAUACAUACUGGAAGAGAACAGGAAGACAUGCAGAAGAUGUGAUGAAGGCCCCAUUGAUCUAGUGUUUGUGAUAGAUGGAUCAAAAAGUCUAGGAGAAAAUAACUUUGAAAUUGUAAAGGAAUUUGUCCUGGGAAUCUUGGACUCCCUUACAAUAUCUCCUAAAUCUGCACGAGUUGGUUUGCUGCAAUAUUCUACUCAGGUCCGCACAGAAUUUACACUGAAACAAUUCAGCACAGCCAAAGACAUGAAGAAAGCUGUGUCCCAAAUGAAAUAUAUGGGGAAAGGCUCCAUGACUGGGCUUGCCCUGAAGCAAAUGACUGAGAGAAGCUUCACUGAAGCAGAAGGAGGCAGACACUCUUCAGCAAAAGUACCCAGAGUGUCUAUUGUGUUUACAGAUGGACGUGCCCAGGAUGAAGUUUCUGAAUGGGCUACUAAAGCAAAGCAAAGAGGAAUCACCAUAUAUGCCAUUGGAAUAGGGAAAGCAAUUGAGGAAGAAUUGAGAGAAAUUGCUUCUGAUCCUCCAGCCAAACAUCUUUUCUAUGCUGAGGAUUUCAGUGCCAUGGGAGAGAUUACUGAAAAACUCCAAAAAAGAAUAUGUGACGGUCUGAAGUACCACCAGGAUUUACCAGCAGGUGUGGAUCAUUCGUUGAAUUCACUUUCUGAAGUGCACCAUAAAUAUCUUUUUGAAGAAAAACAGUCCCGAUCAACAGUAUCUUCAGGAACUCCUUCGGCAGAUAAGAAAGACCUAUGCAAAUGUGAAAAUCUUAUUACAUUCCAGAAUUUUGCAAAUGCUGAAGUUAGAAAACUAACACAGCAACUAGAAGAAAUGUCAAAAAGAAUGGAAGACUUGGAAAAUCGAUUGAGAUAUUAAUGAAUUGUUGUCAACAAAAGUAUGUAUUGUGCUGGAUAGUUAUACAUAAAGAUAAUGUAUCAAAGUUAUGUAUCAAAGGUCCAGUAUCCAGCCAUGAGAAAGAAGAAAUUAUGCCUUCAGUGCAUCAACCAAGUACCAAUUAUAUUGCAUUUUAAUUGACUGCUGAUAAAAGUGCAAGAUGUUUGGUAAAGUUAUACUAUCUUUUUCAAUUGAGAUAAGCUAUGUAAUAUAAUAAAAUGGUGCUACAAAAAGCAUUUAAAAUGGUUUAGAAGCCUAAAGAGCUAUGGUGUAGAAUUGCUGUGUUAGUGUUCCAGUGCUUCAACUGUAACAUUAUAUAUGGAGGUGGGGGCAUUUGCAGAGAGUGCUUAACCUUUUGUGCACUCAGUAGUUACUCCCUGCAAAUGGAUUCUGAAGGAAAAAUGCUUUGGGGUUAGUGUUACAAGUGCUUGAUUAAACACUCCCAUUUUUCCUGUUCUCCUAAAUAGCAGGCAUGUUUGAUAUACAUAUAUCCAUCAGUGUCUUUCUGAUAGCACAAAGGCUGUUACACUAGCAUGAACUAGGUUUUGAACUACUGCAAGACAAUCCAACUAAUGCUUAUGCAACCAGUUGUGUUUGUGUGCACAGCUGCCUGUACAAUGGAAGGGGUCGGCAGAGCUCUGCUUUUACUGUUUAAGUUUGUGUGAAAAUAAUGUUGGAUAUUGUCCAUAAUGGUGUAACAUGUUAAGUUCUACUGCUAGAAA